AUGACAGUUUUCUAUGGAGACUUACAUCCACGGCACGAACAGUUGCGGGCAGUCGUCAAAAGGAGGCGUGACGCCGCGGCGGCGGGCGCGCGAGGUCACAGCCGGGGCGACAUAUCGCGACUUCCCGCGCCCAACACGUCACGGCCGCACCAGCUCAGGGCGCGCUCGCUUUGUGGCUCGCCGUCCGACAACGGCCCGCGCCGACCUCCACACGCCACCGCGGAAGCCCUAGGAAGUGAGGCGCGGGAAAGGAGGAACGGCAGUGGAGGAGCGCGGACCGGCUCGGCGAGCGACGCACCUGCGGACCUGCGGCCGGGCGCCCACCCCAGCGCCGGCCGGUGCGGCAUUCAUCACGUGUGCCGCUGCCGCCCGGACCACGUGGCCGCAGCGGGCCGCCGCCCAGCGGAGUCGCGCCGCGAGACGCCAAUGCGGGCGGCCGGCGGCGCAGACGCCCCGCCCCCACCUGGCCGCGUCCCGCCCCCGCCGCCUCCACCUCCGGGCGCGCGGCGCCACUUUUUCUCCCCUUAUCCCGCGGGCGCGGGCAAGCGGAGGCUGGCGCCCUCUCCCCUGGGUGGCCGCGGAGGAGCGGCCCCAGAGAGGGGCGGGGAGAGGCGAGAGGGGUCUCCUGGUACUGGACCUCCUCCUCCUCCUCCUCCUCCUCCUCCUCCUCCUGCCCUUCUCUGA